GUAGAAGUGCGUGCGCUCCCCUCUUCUUCUUCCUUGCAGUUUGCGGUGGCGGCAGCGCUGGUUGGAUUCCGCGCCGCUGCGGCGGUAUGGAGGCAUUUUGGGCCCUGUUGGACGAGGUGGCUCUAGAGGGCCUGGAUGGGAUUACGCUGGGCACUUUGUGGCACCGCCUGGGGACCCGUCUUCCGCCCUUCCCGUUGACUGUGGAGCCCUCCACCCAGCAGCUUCUGUGGGCUACGCUCAGUACCCGCGCCGACCUCAGCUUCCACCUCUUACCCAGCGAACGCCCCCCGCUCCGCCUGCAUGACCGAUAUGAAGAAAUUGAUCUUGAAACAGGAAUAUUGGAGACAAAGAGAGACCCUGUCCCUCUAGAUGAUAUUUAUCCUGUGCAUAUGAUUUUGGAUAAUAAAGAUGGCAUUCAGGGUUCAUGUCAGCACUUUAAUGAGAGAAUAAAUAUUACUGAUCAAAUCAGAACUAAGGAUUUGAAGCCUUGUUAUAAUUACACAGAAGCUUAUGAACAGUGGGGAGAGAAACUAGUCAUUGUUGCCUCCCAGGAUCUGCGGUAUAGAGCCUUGAUUGGCUGGGAGGGGGAUCCAGACUUAAAACUCCCAGAUUUCUCUUACUGCAUUUUGGAACGACUAGGUCGUGCUAGAUGGCAAGGGGAGCUUCAAAGAGAUUUACAUAGUGGAGCUUUCAAGGUAGAUGCUGGGAAACUUCAUUAUCAUAGAAGAGUGUUAGACAAAAAUGGUCUCAUUUCACUGCAGUCCCAUGUUAUAAGGCUACCAAGUGGAGCUCAGCAGCACUCUAUUCUUCUGCUUCUGAACCGCUUUCAUGUGGAUAGGAGGAGUAAAUACGAUAUUCUGAUGGAGAAGCUCUCAAGUAUGCUGAAUGCUCGACCAAACCAAAUGGAAACAUUAGGAAAUCUGAGGGAAGAAUUGGGUCUCUGUGAAAGAACUUUCAAACGUCUGUAUCAAUAUAUGAUGAAUGCUGGUCUGGCCAAAGUAAUAUCAACCCCAUUACAAGAGAUACAGCCUGAAGGAGGACCCUACAAAACAAAAAGAGGGACUGAUGUCAUGGUCCGAUGCCUUAAACUAUUAAAAGAAUUUCGAAAGAAAAUGGAUGAUUACCAGGAUGAUGAUGAAGAAGAGAUCAUCACAAAAGCUGUCCAACCUGUGGAUAUUAUUUAUGAGAGGGAUAUGCUUACACAGGCUUAUGAAAUAAUUGAAAGUAGAGGAACCAAAGGUAUCUCUCAGGCAGAAAUUCGGUUGGCUAUGAAUGUGGGAAAGCUAGAAGCACGCAUGCUCUGUCGUCUUUUGGAGCGAUACAAAGUUGUUAAGGGAUUUAUGGAAGAUGAAGGUCGGCAACGAACAACAAAAUACAUUUCACACAUUUUUGCAGAAGAGAGUGAUUUAAACCGUCAGUUUGAGAGGGAGAAGGCUCGGAGUGAGCAGCUAGCUACAGUCAGCUUGGCUGUGUUGCCUGAAGACACCUUACCCACAGAUGAUCUUUCUCCUGUAGAAGAAGGCGCAUUCCUCUUAGUGUCUGAUAAUGAGGAAGAGAUGAAAUACGACAAGAAAGGAGGAAAGGGCCAGAAGGCCAACUCUGUUUCCCUGUUGAAAUUCAGUUUCACAGAUGGCCCACGUCACUUAACGCCAGCUAAAAGCUUGAGAUUGCCAGCCAUGAAGAACCAAGUGAAGAAAUUGCUUUCACAUCACAUUCUGGAAGACCCUGAGGAACUCCCUGAUGGCUUUUCGGAGGAGAACUCUACUUCAGACAUGCUAAAGCAGAAACCCAAUCUUUCUACAUGCACUCAUUCCACAGAUGAAAAUGGGGGUACAACUGUGAUAGAGGAGUUUAGGCUAGACUACUCCAAGAAGAACUGUGACCAAAAGAAGAAGGAAAAGCAUUCCAGAACCUCAUCAGUGGAGAGAUCUCAUGAAACUUACCGGCUGCUGAAGCGACGGAAUCUCAUUGUAGAAGCUGUCCGGAACCUCCGCCUAAUAGAAAGCUUAUUCACGCUUCAGAAAAUGGUCAUGGAUCAGGAGAAACAAGAAGGUGUUAUUACCAAAUGCUGUAAAAAGUCCAUUAUUCGAUUGGUGCAAAAGCUUUCCCAAGAAGGGCUCCUCAGGCUGUACCGUACAACAGUCAUUCAAGAUGGCAUUAGGAAAAAGGUAGAAUUUGUAGUGCACCCUUCAGUGAAUCCUAAUGACCCCCUGGUAAAAAGUGCCAUUGAGCAGGUGCGUUUCCGAAUCUCCAACUCAAGCUCAGCAAACAGGAUUAAAGUUCCUCAUACAUCAACAUCCCAAAUACAUGCAGAAGAUGAAAGUCUGGGCCAAGAGACUGCUGCAAAUUUAGGGGAAGUAAAAGAAAGCUCUCCCUGUAAAGCUGAAAAUAAUGGUCGGGCAAAGAAAACAGAUGAGAAAAUGGGUGUAACACAGCUAAAAAAUUAUCACCCUGUUACAGUUCCAGGACUUGGGCGUUCUCUUGGCUUUCUUCCCAAAAUGCCUCGUUUAAGAAUGGUCCACAUCUUUCUCUGGUACCUCAUUUAUGGGCAUCCUUUAACUGGGGCACAGCAAAAAAUGACUAGUGAUGAUGAGAAUCAAGGCAAUCAGGAAGGGCUGGAUACUCACGAUGCUGUAUCACAAACCUAUCAAAAUGUAGCAGGAGAUGAGGCUAUACCAGAAACUACAUGCAUAAAGAAUCCUGAAAUCUCUGCACUGGAGUCUGAAGCAGAAGUUUGUAGUGACACAGUGUAUGUGGAUGAUGCUUCAUGGAUGCGCUAUAUUCCUCCUCUGCCAGUACACAGGGAAUUUGGAUAUGGCUGGGCUCUUGUCAGUGACAUUCUUCUUUGCCUACCUCUCUCCGUCUUUGUCCAGAUAGUGCAAGUCAGUUACAAGGUGGAUGGUCUUGAGGAUUUUCUAAAUGAUCCAUUGAAAAAACACAUGUUGAUCAGAUUUCUUCCAAGGCCAGUUCGACAACAACUUCUCUAUAAGAGGAGAUACAUCUUUUCAGUGGUGGAAAACCUGCAGAGGUUAUGUUACAUGGGCUUGGUACAGUUUGGUCCAACUGAGAAGUUUCAAGACAAAGAUCAGGUGUUUGUAUAUAUGAAGAGAAAUGCAGUGAUUGUUGAUACGACUAUCUGUGACCCUCACUAUAACCUGGCUCAAAGCAGCCGUCCAUUUGAAAGACGUUUGUAUGUUUUGAACACUAUACAGGAUGUAGAGAACUUCUGGUUUGAUUUACAGUGUGUCUGCCUCAAUACUCCAUUAGGUGUUGUCCGCUAUCCUCGUGCAAAGAGAAGUAAUCUUCAAGGGGAGGAGACCAAAACUGCCCUGGAUAUGGAAAUGGAACAGGAGUCAGCUGUGGAUAAACAUAACCUUGAACGGAAGUGUGCAAUGUUGGAAUACACCACAGGAAGUCGAGAAGCAGUGGAUGAUGGUACUAUUCCUGGGGAUGGCUUGGGAGCUGGAGGUCUAGAUUCCAGCUUCUAUGGCCAUUUAAAACGCAAUUGGAUUUGGACAAGUUACAUCAUUAACAAAACUAGGAAGGAGAACGCAAUUUCUGAAAACGGACUUACGCUGAGACUCCAGACUUUCUUAACCAAGCACCCCCUUCCGCUCAGUACUGGAGGCAAUAAAAUGAAUAUUUUGGGAGAUACAAGAGUAAGAGCAGAGACCCCAGCACAGAGGGAAGAGUGUAUUGAAAUUGACAAAGAAGCAACACAGGAUAGAACCAAGAAAGUCAGGGGUGGAAAAAGUCAGAAAAGGAAGAGGAUUAAAAAAGACACUGGAAAGAAGGCAAAGAAAAGAAAGAGAGAAGAGACAUCUGUGGAAAAAAGUAAAAGGUUGCGCUACCAUGAUGAGGCCGAUCAGAGUGCCCUGCAGAGAAUGACACGCCUGCGUGUCACCUGGACAGUGCAAGAAGACAGCUUGCUCAUGCUCUGCCGAAUUGCUAGCAAUGUACUAAAUGCAAAGGUGAAAGGACCCUUUGUUCCAUGGCAGGUUGUCCGGGACAUCAUGCAUGCUAGUUUUGAAGACUCUCUAGAUAAGACUUCUCAUUCUGUUGGACGUAGAGCUCGCUACAUUGUCAAAAAUCCACAAACUUAUCUUAAUUAUAAAGUUUGCCUUGCUGAAGUUUACCAAGAUAAAGUUCUUAUUGAGGAUUUCAUGAGUAGAGAAAACAACUACCAAGACCCACAGGUUUGUGCAAAAGAGUUUAAAGAAUUUGUAGAGAAAUUGAGAGAGAAAUUCAGUUCAACCUUGGGAAAUCCCAAAGUAGAAAUUCCAGAUACAUUGCAGGAGCUGUAUGGCAGAUUUCACAUUUUGGCAAUUGGAGAUGACCAAAAUCAAAGCACCAAAAACGAUGAUCUCAAUAGUAUCUAUGAUAUUCACUUUCUUGUGCUUCAGAACCUGAUUCAGAGCACUUUGGCUCUCUCAGAUAAUCAGAUGAAGUCUUGCCAAUCGUUUCAGACUUUUCGUCUGUACCGUGAAUACAGAGAUGACAUUCUUGUGAAGGCUUUCUUAGAAUGUCAGCAGAGAAGUUUGGUCAAUCGUCGUCGAGUUAACCAUAGCCUGGGUCCAAAGAAAAGCCGUGCUUUGCCCUUUGUGCCUAUGUCAUAUCAACUCUCUCAAAGCUAUUACAGAGUUUUUACAUGGAGGUUUCCCAGCACAAUUUGUACAGAAUCCUUCCAGUUCCUGGAGAAACUCAAGAAUCAUGGAAAGUCAGAUCAACCAGAUAACUUUUCAUUCAAGGAUCAAGAAGCCAGAUCUUCAUUAGGCACAGUUGCUUUUCCCAUGGAUGGCCCUGGAGGCCAUUGUGUAGCAAUGCUUUCCCUCAUCUCUCUUGGGUUUGUUUCUGUAGACGUGACAAUCCCAGAGCAAAUAGUUGUGGUAGACAGCACUAUGGUGGAGAACGAGGUAAUCAAAAGCUUGGGAAAAGAUGGUCUUGAGGAUGACUUUGAAGAUGAUGAUGAUUUGGAUGAGAGCUCUGGAAACAAACGAAAAAUAGAAGUAAAAGCUCGUCAAGCCUCUCAUACUAAUUACUUACUAAUGAGAGGGUACUAUGCACCAGGAAUUGUUAGCACUCGCAAUCUGAGCCCCAGCGACAACAUUGUGGUCAAUUCCUGUCAAGUGAAGGUCAAGCUGCGAUGUACCCCAACUCCAGGAAGCCUCAUUUCCCAAGUUCCUUCUGUGCUUGACAGCAUGGUUGUAGGUGUCUCUUGCCUCCCUGACAUUUUCACCAGGCUGAUAGAAAUCCAGGAAGAAACCUACAAGGUAGAACAGUUUCUUCAUCAGUGUACAGAGUGUUAUGAGUAUAGCCCAAAAGAUGUGUCUGCCAUCUUGGAGAUCCGUAAUGCCAUCGAGGGAUCUUCCUACUUCGGAAUUGACAAAGUAGAACUGGGCAAGAAGUUCCAGUGCUAUGAAGAAGCUGACCCUGAGCGCACCAGGAGUUUACAACAGUAUAUUCAGGACCUCCUCAAAAUGGAGCAGGUAUUAGAAGUAGGAGGCAACUCCGUACGUUUGGUUACAGUGAUAUUUGCUAAGCCGUGGCUGUUGCAUUCAGUAUGCCUGAAGACUAAAGGUAAUGAUGCUGGCAUGCAAGGCACUCAGUUGGACUUACAACAGGACUCUGUGCACAUAGGGCCAAAGAAAAUGGAGGAGUCUUCAGGAGAGAAGGGAGAGGCUGGAAUAGCCAUACAAUCUGUCAGUGAUGAAGGAUCCACAAGGAAAAGAUUGAAGACUCAACACACUGAGCUUCAAGACAAUAGCUCAGUCUGUCACAACCAAAAACGCUGUUUGGAAGAAAUAAAUGAAACUGCCUUUGAUGCAAAUUUUACUGACCCCAUCACAAUGAAAAAGAUGUUAAGCACAAAUGAAGAACCAUGUCCUUUUGGGAGGCAGACAGUACAUCCAGUGAAUAUAUCAGAAUCUGUUGUUACUGACUCACAAAAAGAUCCAGAGAAAGCUAACACUCAGGCAGAAGAAUCUGCAAUGAAGGACAGUUAUGCAGCUAAUGAACAGGAAAAGCAGAUUCCCCACCUUGAUUAUCCAGCCAAAGAGCAGCUUGAUGAUGCAUGGCACUUGCAGGAAAAUUCUGAAGUCUUUAAAAUAAGUUCUAUGACAGAUCUAUCCCAGGCAGCAAGGGAAAGAUACAGGAUCCUAGCAGGCAGCAGACCUUCUGAGCCAACCAGUGAGGAUGGCAGAUGGAGGACUCCAGGUUCUGCAGAAGGGAAUCAUCAACUACCACCCCUUAUCACCUCCUUUUGGGCAUGUGAGAAUGUCUGCUUCAUUGGGAGGCCAUGGCGGAUUGUGGAUGGGAACCUGAAUAAACCAGUGUGCAAGGGAAUGAUGGAAGCUGUGCUGUACCAUGUCAUGACAAAGCCUGGCAUAAUGGAAAACAGCCUAAUACAGCAUUAUAAAGGGGUACUGCAGCCUGUUGCUGUCUUAGAGAUAUUGCAGGGCCUGGAAGUUCUUGGAUGCAUCAGGAGAUUCUUUGUGAAAAAGCCAUCAGCAGUAUCUCUCUUUUCUUACCCAGCUCCAGGAGAAGAACUAUCCAAUCCCAAGCUGAGUGAGACCGCAAUAAUAUUUUAUGAGCCUACCAUAGACUGUACUCUCAGACUUGGUAAAGUGUUUCCAGAUGAAGUCAACUGGAAUAGAUGGGUACAGAUGCUCCAUCUAUAAACGAAAGAUAACUUCUCUAGCUCACACUGUUGAAAACUAAUAUAGAUGGAACUUCAAAUGUAUCCCAGGAUUUAUGCUCUGCCUGUCAUAUUUGUUAUCAUGGCUUGUUAAAUAAACUUUUUCUUGUA